CUAUUUUUCGUCUGGAGCUUAUAUGUGAAUCAUAUUUUUUGCCGCCGUUUCUCACGAACACACAAACUGAAUCAAAUUCUCCAGCUCUUCUACGCAAAAUCGAGCGCAUUGACAAUGGCGGAACGUGGUGGUGAGCGUGGUGUCGAACGUGGUGGUGAUCGCGGCGAUUUCGGACGUGGAUUCGGCGGUCGUGGCGGUGGAAGAGGUGGUCCGAGAGGCCGUGGUCGCCGUGCAGGUCGUGCUCCAGAAGAGGAGAAAUGGGUGCCAGUGACUAAGCUUGGUCGUCUCGUAAAGGAAGGUAAGAUCAAACAGCUUGAGCAGAUCUACCUCCAUUCUCUCCCAGUCAAGGAGUACCAGAUCAUAGAUUUACUUGUCGGUCCUUCAUUGAAAGACGAAGUGAUGAAAAUCAUGCCGGUUCAAAAACAAACCAGAGCCGGUCAGAGAACGAGAUUCAAGGCCUUCGUCGUCGUUGGAGAUAGUAACGGUCACGUUGGAUUAGGAGUGAAAUGCUCUAAGGAAGUUGCGACGGCGAUCAGAGGCGCGAUUAUUCUCGCGAAAUUGUCUGUGGUUCCGAUCCGAAGAGGUUAUUGGGGUAACAAGAUCGGAAAACCACACACGGUUCCGUGUAAAGUAACCGGGAAAUGUGGAUCUGUUACCGUACGUAUGGUUCCAGCUCCAAGAGGUUCUGGAAUUGUGGCGGCUAGAGUUCCUAAGAAGGUUCUUCAAUUCGCUGGAAUUGAUGAUGUAUUCACUUCUUCUAGAGGAUCCACGAAAACACUUGGAAACUUCGUUAAGGCAACAUUUGAUUGUCUUCAGAAGACUUACGGAUUCCUUACACCGGAAUUCUGGAAAGAGACGAGAUUCUCAAAAUCACCAUACCAAGAGCACACUGAUUACUUGCUUAUGCCUCCUGCCGCCAAGAUCAGGGAGGUUGUAAACAAAAGCGUAGACUCGGUCUCAACAAUGGGGACUCCAGAAUUUCCAGAUCUAGGGAAACACUGCUCCGUCGAUUAUUGCAAACAGAUCGAUUUCUUGCCCUUCACAUGCGAUCGCUGCCUUCAGGUGUUUUGUCUGGAUCAUCGUAGCUAUAUGAAACACGAUUGUCCAAAAGGAAACAGAGGAGAUGUCACUGUGGUUAUCUGUCCAUUAUGUGCUAAAGGAGUUCGAUUAAACCCUGACGAAGAUCCCAACAUUACCUGGGAGAAACAUGUUAAUACAGAUUGUGAUCCAUCUAACUACGAAAAAGCUGUCAAGAAGAAGAAAUGUCCUGUUCCAAGAUGCAGAGAACUCUUGACAUUCUCUAAUACUAUUAAAUGUCGAGAUUGCAGCAUUGAUCAUUGUUUGAAACAUCGGUUUGGACCUGAUCAUAGUUGUUCUGGACCCAAGAAGCCUGAAUCGAGUUUCUCAUUCAUGGGUUUCUUAGGUACUAACACAAAAGAAGCUCCUGCAUCAUCAUCUUCUUCUUCGAGAUGGUCUAGUCUUUUCGCUUCUGCGGAAGCAAGUAUUAGCAGACUCGGUAACGAUAUUAGCCAGAAGUUACAGUUUGCGAGUGGUAGUGAUGGUAAUGCAGAGAAAACGCAAGAGAGGAAUGGAAAACAGAAUUGUGGCAAAGUUACGGUUGAUGUUUGUCCCAAAUGUAGCAGAGGGUUUCGUGAUCCGGUGGAUCUAUUGAAGCAUAUCGAUAAAGACCAUCGUGGCACUUCUAAAGCCUAGAAGAAAAGAAGUGAAGUGAAGUGGUUUUAUAUUUGUGUGAUUGUAUCAUUCUUUGUAACACAGCCAUGUAAAGGAAGAAAAGAAACUCCAUAUUCUUUGAGCUCAGUUUUUGUUUUGUUAGCCAAUUCUGCAUUUCUUCUGUUAUGGAUUUUGUUCAACAUUGGGUCUCUUGUUCUUUUUGCCUCUUCAGGUCAAACUUACUCUGUUUUUGUUGAGACAAUUUUCUCACAAAUGUUAGUUAGCUCUAGAGUCCUUCCCUCUCAUAGCAUAAACGAGUUACAUUGUA